CAUGCACUUCCCAAAAGCCAUAAAAACAACAUAUUACAACAAACCUAAAAGAAAAAAAUACCUCUACAAGAAAAUGGCAAAACCUAGCUCUACCUUGAAGGAUAAGACUUUAAAUGGCCUUGGCAAUCUCAUACGACUCCUCCCAACAGGAACAGUCUUCAUUUACCAAUUCCUAAAUCCCAUUCUCACAAACAAUGGCCAUUGCACUAUCAUAAACAAGUACCUAUCAGGCAUCCUCAUUGCCCUUUGUGGUUUCUCUUGUGGAUUUUCUUGCUUCACCGAUAGUUACACCGAUUACGACGGCGCCAUCCGUUAUGGGAUAGCCACAGUGAAGGGGCUUUGGCCAACGUCUUCAUCGGUGGACACAAGUUCCUACAAAAUUUGUGUUGGUGAUUUUGUGCAUGCAUUUUUUACUAUAGUUGUUUUUGGUGUUGUGACUAUUUUGGACCGGAAUAUGGUGGAUUGCUUCUUUCCGGAGUUCGAAUCCACGAAAAAGAUGUUGAUUAUGGUGUUGCCACCCGUUGUGGGUGCAAUUUCUAGUGUUGUGUUUAUGGUGUUUCCUAAUAAACGUCAUGGUAUAGGGUACCCUCCAACUAGCCAAGAUAACUAAAAGGAGUAAUAUAUCUUGAGUUUGAAAUAUUUAUACCAUUGAUUCGAUUGAUCGGUUGUGUCUUGAGAGAUGGUCCUUUUUUUUGUUUGUUUGAUUUAUUUAUUUAUUUAUUUUCACUCAAGUGGAUUAUUCUUUAAUUUGGUGUAAUAAGGUGUGCAUAUGAUGUGAUUCAAGAAAUGAAUAUUACAAGAUGAUGUUUCAUUA